GCUGUGCGUGCGUGUAUAUAUAAGUGUGUGUGUGAGUGUGUGUGAGCGCGUACCAAGGACAUUUAUGAAACACACAGUCGAGCAUUGUGUACAGUGAAAUAACAGAGACAAAUAAAGAUAACAAAGAAGCUAACUAAGCAACAGCGACAGCAAUUACAACAAGAUGCAAACAUUUACUUUCUACACGCUGCUGGGCAUGGCGCUUGUCCUUGCCACAGCACGUGCCACGCCCACCCAGAACGGAAGUGACAACUCGAUAACCGGCGACUAUGUUGGCAAGGAGGAGGAGCAGGCCAUGAUUAAGCUGAACGAGAAGUGCAUCCAGAACGACAACCACUCGUGCAGUAUGCUCAAGACGGUCAUCUUUCUGGACCGCCUAUUUAAGAAGUCGAGCAUUGAUUUGAGCGAGAACUUCCGGGUCUCGCGCAACAGAGCUGUGCCCGACGUGCCAGACGACAGCGAGGAUGAGCUGCUGCUGGCCCGCGCCAUGGACUCGGACGAGGAGUCCUACGGCCUGCUGAUAGCCAACAAGCUGUGGCGCUUCGUACGCUCCCGCACACUGCGCUACAAGUUCUCGGACAAUGCGGACUUUGUGAUGAGCAGCGGGCCCAAGGGCAGCCUCAACGUUGGCGUCUCGGUGCGCCCCAUCGAGGCGCUGGAGGAGGGCCGCGGCAAAAUGAAGAACAUGGGCCCCGUCCUAAUGAUGAUGGCGGCCAAGACGGGCAUGGUGGGCGCCAUCCUGCUGAAAGGUCUGUUCCUGCUCGCGGGCAAGGCGCUGAUUGUAUCCAAAAUAGCGCUGCUGCUGGCAGUGAUCAUAUCCCUGAAGAAACUGCUCUCGCAGAAGAAGACCAUCGUGGAGGUGCCGUCGCAUCAUGACAGCUACAGCUCUGGGUGGGCGCGCGCUCUCGAUGGCUUCGUGGAGGGCCUGGCCCAGGUGCCGGCGCACAUUAUGGCCCAGGAGGCGCAGGAGAUGGCCUACAGUGCGCAGCAGCCCGCCAAGGUGGCGCAAUAAGAGAAUGUUAA